AUGACCGAUUUGAUCAUGACUGCUCAUGCAUCAUCGAAUAGGGUUUCUUCCAAACGCCCUCGUCGUCGACGUCCGACCGUCUUCACAGAUUUACAGCUGAGGAUUCUGGAGACCGUGUUCAACGACAACCAGUAUCCUGAUAUCACGACUAGAGAACAACUGGCUUCAAGUCUGCAGCUUAAAGAAGACAGAAUUAUGGUCUGGUUUCAGAACCGUCGUGCACGUGUCCGUCGAGCCUCUCUUGUUUCAUGCUCUGCUCACCAACCAGUCAUUAAGAAAGACGUCUACAACCCUCGCCUUCAACCAUCUAAUGAAGUCGACUUGUCUGCCGUAAGCCGUAAACGGAAGACACCAUGCGACGCCGAUGAGGUCAACCAGACGACACCACCUACAAAGAAGUUGGGCGUCGUGUCAUCCAAGUUCUCCGUCGACUUUCUCGCUAAAAGCAGUCGAUCGACGUCAGAGUCAACGACCGUUUCAUCGGACCCACAUCUUCAAUGUCAUGGCGUCACUCAGCUCCACUGCACGACAUCACGUGACUCAACGAAAGGCGCCACCAGUCCACUGAUGUCAGUAGACUUUCUCUCUCGUAGCAGUCGCUCUCCUUUUCCCUCUAGCGCUGAGUAUCUUCACCGAACACCGUCUUCUUUCUACACACCGAUGGAUUAUCAUCCGUAUGUCUUCUGCAUCAACUUCUAG